CGAAAACAUAGCACCAACUUCAGCGUGACAUAUCUCUAACUAUAUAUAUAUACACUCUCGCUGCUACCCAACUCUCCCACCUCUCUCUCGAAUACCAAAUUGAUCGAAAACAAUGUCUAACGGCAACGGGCGACGUCACCGCAUCGGCUACGCUUUUCCUCCCAAGAAAGAGCAGACCUUCAUCCAACCAUCGUUGAUCAGUCACGCCCAACAGAACGGCAUCGAUCUGGUCCCCGUCGAUUCCGGCAAGCCCUUGACCCAGCAGGGACCUUUCGAUUGCAUCAUCCACAAGCUCUACGACGACCAAUGGCAUCAGCAGCUCAAGGAGUUCUCCUCUCUCUAUCCCCGCACCGUCAUCCUCGACCCCCCCGAAUCCAUAGCCCGCCUACACAACCGGGUCUCCAUGCUCGACGUCAUCAACGCCGCAUUUAAAGCCCCCCGGGCCGAGAAUGUCGGGGUCCCCAAACAGAUGCUCAUCCACGACUCUGCCGAAUUAGAAUCCGAUCUGGGCUUGGAGUUUCCCUUGAUCGCCAAGCCUCUACUAGCCAAUGGCAGCGCCAAGUCGCAUCAAAUGUCUAUGGUGUUCAGCAACGAUGGCCUCAAGAAGGUGGACACCCCUAUUCUGCUGCAGAAGUUCGUCAACCACGGAGGCACCAUCUUCAAGGUGUAUGUCAUCGGCGAUUAUACUGAAUGUGUCAAGCGCCGGUCGCUGCCCAAUAUCACCGAUGAGCAGCGCACCAAAUUGGCAUCCGUUGUAAUGCCCUUCUCCCAGAUUUCGAAUGAAGAGGUUAACAUUGAGGGUGUUGAGAUGCCGCCACCUGGGUUUGUGGAGGAGCUGGCCAAGGCCAUCAGCGACGGCCUCAAACUCAAUUUCUUCAACUUCGAUGUCAUCAGGGAUUCCAAUGACAAGCACAGCUACUAUGUUAUUGACAUCAAUUACUUCCCAGGCUAUGCCAAACUCCACAACUUUGAGCAUCUUUUGACAGACUUCUUCUUGGCUGUGCUUUCCAAGAAGUCACCCUCUCAGCCAGAAUGAAGAACCCAGGUGGUUUAAUUAGAGCAAGUCUCGUUGAGGAUGUACUACUUUUCAAGGCAUAAUGCAUCCAUACCUCUUCUUACUAGAGUUUUUGGUUUGCAAUUUAGCUAACAAGUGAAAUGCUGAAUAACUAAUAAAAUGUUACUUUUGAAUUUCA